CACUCACCCAGCAAUCUUAAUUCUCUCGAGCAACAUUCUGAAACACAAUACCUUUCUUUUACACUUCUCAUAGUCCUACUUUCUAGUCUUUGUGUUGCGAGAAUGGUCGGUAUUGCAGCGAAGAUAGUGUCGAUGCUCCUGGUGGUAGCCCCAUACAUGGCAUCGGUGGAUACCAUAGCAUGCGGUCAGGUGGCGAACAGUCUGGCCCCAUGCGUGAACUACAUGAAGAACGGUGGGGCAGUCCCGGCGGGAUGCUGCAACGGGGUGAAGGCCCUCAACGGUGCGGCCAAGACUAAGGUGGCGGCAGCGUAUUAGCUAUCAAUAUAGUGGAAUAAAAUGUGUUAGCUGGGAGAUGGUCGGGGACUCUUCUCUUCUCCCUUGCGCCUUAAUUAAGUUGUUGUGUCUUUUGUUUUAUCGGAUUGUGUUGUUUGUUGUCAGUUUAAUAAUCUCAAUCAUAUAUAUGGGUACUGAUUAUGGGAUUUUAUCGUUUGUGUGUGGUCACCAUAUAUCCAUGUACGGUUCCAGGGGUACCUUUUUGUAAUUUGAUGAAAGUUGUAUGCGAUACGUAUGAUACUUUAAUACUCUUAUUAUUAUUCACCUGUCUCUUGGCACAUUCUUUCCUGGUGGUAAUUGCAGAUCACAUAAACCAGGAGCUCCCUACAAAUAAUAAUAUUUCGAUAAAUGA